CAGAGAGGAGGGCGCGGGUACAGCGCCGCCUGUCACCGGAGGACGAGGUCGGAGUCCUGAUCCCGGCGGGUCCCUGCUGUUCUAGCCGCCCAGGCCCGCACCGAGCGCCAUGGCCCAGCCACCGCCCGACGUCAGCGAGGACGACUGUCUCCCGGAGUACCGCCACCUCUUCUGUCCGGACUUGCUUCGUGACAAGGUAGCCUUCAUCACAGGCGGUGGCUCUGGAAUCGGGUUCCGGAUUGCUGAGAUUUUCAUGCGGCACGGCUGCCACACAGUCAUCGCCAGCAGAAGUCUUCCUAGAGUGUCGAUGGCUGCCAGAAAGCUGGCUGCUGCCACUGGCCAGAGGUGCCUCCCUUUAUCUCUGGACGUCCGAGCUCCCCUGGCCAUCAUGGCAGCCGUGGAGCAGGCUCUGAAGGAGUUCGGGAAGAUCGACAUUCUCAUUAACUGUGCAGCCGGGAACUUCCUGUGCCCUGCCAGUGCCUUGUCUUCCAACGCCUUCAAGACCGUGAUGGACAUCGACACCUUGGGCACCUUCAACGUGUCUCGUGUACUCUACGAGAAGUUCUUCCGUGGCCAUGGCGGGGUGAUCGUGAACAUCACUGCAACCCUGGGUACCCGCGGGCAGGUGCUCCAAGUGCAUGCAGGCUCUGCCAAGGCGGCCGUGGAUGCGAUGACACGGCACCUGGCUGUGGAGUGGGGCCCCCAGAACAUCCGCGUCAACAGCCUUGCCCCCGGCCCCAUCAGCGGCACAGAGGGCUUCCGGCGGCUGGGCAGGGGACAGUGUGCUGCAGAGGAGCUGGUCCACACCUGCUCUCGGAUCCCUGUGACCUGCCUCCCGCCUGCCCAGCCUGAGCGCCAAACCUGACAAUUCCAACAGAGUGACUGAAGCAGAGACUGGCCUUUCCUCUAGGAACCGUGCUGCAUCCACAUUCCCUCCCCAUGGCCCCGUCUCCCAUGCAUGGCGGCAGGGACUAGGCAGUGUGGCUGGCCUGCUGACCUGCUCACACACGCCGGGGAGGUCUGGGUUCCAGGGCUUCGAGAGUGUUGAGGAGGCCAGGACGCAGGGGUGUCCCCCUUGCACAACCCAGGGUCAGGGCUGUCCCGCCACCCCAGCCCCUGCCUAGGCUGGCCUCCUUUCCCCUCCUGCCUGCAUCCAGUGGGUGUCCUGAGGUGGCUCCCAUGGCCUGGGUGGAGAGAAGGGGUCAUUUCAGGCUGUCUUCUCUUCCUUGCUCUCCCGCUUUGAGACCUUUGCUUGGCAAAGAAAUGCCAAACUAGGGAAGCUGGAGGAGCGUGUUUGAGCCUCUCCAUAAGACCUGUGUCCUGGGUCCUAUCACAGGGGGUGUGGGCUGCAGAAGGGACCUCUGCCGGCCUCCAGUGACGGGCAGGGUUGCUCCCCACCUGCCCUGGAGUCUGUCCUUUGCUGGGACAUCCCCAGAGGACUUAGUCCUUGGUCAUUUAGGGGCUCACUUUCUAGGUCCUCCAGGUGGCCUGUCCCCGUUGUCACCAGCACCCUCCCUCACGCCCAGGGGUUGGGGGAUCUCUGGGCCCUCAAUUCUUCCCCAAUGACCACUCUUUGACACACACCCAGGCCAGGACCUAAGGGGGCCACUUGGAUCCUGGGCUUGUUUUCUGUGCUGUUUGUUACAAACUUCAAGGUGCUCAAAGCUGUCGGUCUGCCCUCUGGCUGGACAUGCGGCUUGGGUGCCCCCUUCCUCCCUGCCUCCCACCCUGCCCCCACCUGUACCAUCCAUUUGCAUAAGCACGGGUCCAAGAGUUUUGCCAGAAAAUGCAUUUACUUAAAAAAUAAUC